GUGAAACCUCUACCUGCAGCAGUGGAAAAUGGACCAGCAACAACAACCAGCUGUGGAGAGCUGACAGUAAACCAACUGCUAACUGCCCCAAAGGAAGUUUAUACAUCCCUAAAGAGGGAAGUUGGACUGUUCAUUAUUCACCAGUUUCUUUCACAGUCUCAAGAUGGGGCAACCAUUCUCCUCAAAACAGGUGGCCAGCCCUUAGAAUUGGUUAAAAGGACCAGGGCAAGGAAAACAACUGAUGAGGUAACAAGGAAAACUGCUAGACAAAGACCAAAGGUAGUAGGGGAGACCAGGAUAGCUUUGAGUAGUGGGGCAGCUGGUACCCAGUUGAAAGAUGAACUGCGAGCAAUGGGCAGACUGGAGAGGGAGGAACUUCUGAAGGAGGCCUUGGGAAAAUAAUUUAAAAUCACCAUUCCAAGAGGUGACAUCCUGGCAAUGAAAGCAGACCUUGGCAAAACAUGGUACAAAGUCAGAAAGCUUAGGAGAUGGUUUGAACAGGGAGGACUAUCCUCAGAGAGCGAAAUAAGCCAACGAAAGCAAGUUCAGUCCAUCACUGACCCUCAUGCCAACUUGGUUUGUGAAAUGGUUCCAUUUGAAUUAGAAAAACCAGGUUGCCAUCCAGAGAUCAGGGAAGCAGAGUUUGGAUAUGUUGCAGACCUGAACCAAUUCAUACAUCUUCAUCUGGUUGAAAAUGAAAAGAAUGGAAGGCUGGCAUGGAACAAUGCCAUCCCAGAAAAUGAGGUCCACCUAAAACUUGGAGGAGAUGCUGGAGGUGGGUCAUUUAAAAUGGCCUUCCAGAUUGCUAACCUGAGGCAUCCAAACUCAAAAACCAACACAGUGGUCUUUGCCAUGUUCCAUGCAAAAGAUAGUUGGGCCAACUUAAAGACAGCCUUAAUGAAAUAUAAAGAACAAGUAAACACCUUGAAAGAAACAACCUGGGGAGGUAAAAAGAAAGUGGUUUUCCUAUUUGGUGACUAUGAAUUCCUUUGCAAGACAUUUGGAAUAGCUGGUGCCUCAGGCAAGUAUCCAUGUCUUUGGUGCAAGAUAAAUCACGAAGUGAUGCAAGUCUCUUGCUAUAAACGUGAGCAUGCUGAAAAACGAAGCCUUGAAAACAUUCGAGAGGACUAUGACAAGUUUGUCGCAGAUGGCUCUGUUACAAGUCGACAGAAGUUUUAUCACAAUGUGACUCAUGAGAUAUUGAAUUCGACAAGGUAAGAUAAAAGAGUUCUAGAUAUUGAAUUUGACAAGGUAAGAUAAAAGAGUCUAUUUCUUUGCUUUUAAGAUGGACCAACACGACACCUAACUGAAUGGUUCUCUAUUUCGGGUUUGUGUUCCUGGACUUCAUAUUAGCUUGGGUGUGUUUAAGAAACUGUUUGAUGAACUAGAGAACCAGUGCUUUGAGCUGGACAAAACAAAUC